AUGCAAUCGUCUGAAGAUAAAAAAUAAGACGAUUCGCUUAAAAGGAAAAAUAGUUUAAGUCCACCCAAAUUAGAAUCAUAUCUGAAUAACUCAAUUAACUUGAAGAAAAUGAUGAGAUUUAGAAACAGAAUUUUAAUUGAUCAUCAAGUGAGAACUAGAAAUAAGAGCAAUAUAGAUUAGCCAAAAUUUAAUACUUUUGCUAAUGACUUGCUAGAUCAGAAAAAAUUGUAAGUACUAGAUAAUUAGGCCAUCAAUAUCGAAAAUAGUAAAAUUGAAUAACUUAAUAAAACUUUCUAGUCUAGCAGGAGACAAAGAAAAUCUCCAAUAUCUGUGCAAAGAUAAAUUAUUAGAUAAAACCCAAAGAAUUCAGUUUUAAUCUUGACGGAAAGCUAAAAUAAGAAUAGAAACUUGCUUGAUUUUAGAACUAAUCAUUUGGAAUCUGAAGAUAGCAAAAAUCAAGAACUUUAAAUUAUUAAUUAAUUGACAAGUCAUUACAACAAUUUUAAUGCCACAACUGAUUUUACAGACUUUCCUAAAACACAGAAGGUGUCCAAUAUCAGUGGGAGAUUCAAAAGAAAUAAGUCUGUUAACAAAAGUAGUAAAAAUGAUAAUUGGAGAAAUAUGUUACUAUAGGAUUUAAAUAACUCAAGGGAAUCCCUGAAUCAAUCAAAUCUAUCUCAUUCCUUAGCACAAAGUAAAAUUGUUGUAGAUAAUCAAAAGAAUAAUCUCAAAAUAAUAAGAUUACUAAGCAACCUAAAUAAGGCGAACAAGAGCAAAUCAAAAGACCAAUUUAGUUAGCACCUAAGCGAGACCAAAAGCCUUGGAUUUAGAAGAUAGAAAAUGAUAAAAUUGGAGAAACCUAAGAUUAUUUAUGAUAAAAAGAAGUUUGAAGAUUUAAUGACAUUCAACUGUAAAAAGUAGAUAAGUGAUCUAGAGUAACAGAUUCAAAAGUUAAGGAAAAUGGGCCAAACUGUCAAAGAACAGACAAUUUAAAUAUUUUCACUAUCCUUGAAGAAAAAGUACUAACUUGAUAAAUUAAACACAAAGGAUAUGCCUGAAAGUAUAAAUCUGACAGAUGAACCUUAGUUAUCAUCAAAGAAAAAUGUCUCCUUCUAUCUUCCAAAGAUAGACACAAGUUGA